AUGCGUGCCUCGAAAACUUGUGUCUGGCUGCUCUCGGCCAUUGGCGCCGUUGCCACCAGCAGCACCUCGUCAACGGCCGGAGUCGAGUCUCUUGUCAAGCGCCGUCUCCCAAACCAUGCAAAGUCCUUUGAGUUUGCGCUUGAGUCGCCAUCACACGGAUCUACUUUGACCAAUGAUAGCUACACGGUUUCCUCAACCAGGGAUGGAAAGAUUCGAAUUGAGGGCACUACAACGAGUGCCUUGCUGUCAGGCCUCCACAAGUAUCUGUCCAGCGAGGCAAAUGUUGAUAUCUGGUGGUACAUCGGAAGCCAGCUAGAUCAAGCUCCAAGGAACCUUCCAAAGCUCAAGUCUCCUCUUACAGGUACCAGUGUAGUUCCCUACCGCUAUCACUGGAAUACAGUCACGACUUCUUAUACGAGCGCUUUCUGGACAUGGGAGGACUGGGAGACACAGCUGGACUGGAUGGCGCUUCGCGGAGUAAAUCUGGCCCUCGCCUGGAUCGGUGUCGAGAAGAUCUUCAUUGACGUCUUCACCGACAUUGGCCUCAACGAUGAGGAGAUCAGCUCCUUCAUCAGCGGACCUGCUUUCCUUGCCUGGAACCACUUUGGCAAUAUCCAGGGAUCUUGGAACGGCAACAUGCCUGGCAAUUGGGUUGACGAUCAAUUCGCCCUGCAGCUCCAGAUCUUGGAUCGUAUGAAGGAACUCGGCAUCACGCCCAUUCUGCCAGCUUUCCCAGGAUUCGUGCCGCGCAACAUCUCUCGCGUGUUUCCGGGCAUUUCUCUGUCCACGAGUCCUCUCUGGGAAAACUUUGCAGAGGACUUGAGCGCUGAUACAUAUGUCAACCCAUUCGAUCCGCACUUUACUCAGCUGCAAAAGUUAUUCAUUGGCAAGCAGCAAGAGCUCUACGGCAAUGUCACAAAGUUCUGGACCCUCGAUCAGUUCAACGAAAACCAGCCGCUCUCCAGCGACCUGGGCUACCUUCGAAACGUCAGUCAAAACACCUGGACUGCCCUCAAAUCUGCCUCGCCAGACGCAAUCUGGGUGAUGCAGGCCUGGCUGUUUUCCGCAGACAGUUCAUUCUGGACAAAUGAUGCAAUUGAGGCUUUCUUGGGUGGCAUCACGGAGGAUUCAGACAUGCUGCUUCUCGACUUGUUUGCUGAAUCGGCUCCGCAAUGGCUCCGCACCAACUCCUUCUACGGCAAGCCUUGGAUCUGGUGCGAGCUUCACGACUAUGGUGGCAACAUGGGCUUGUACGGCCAAAUUGAGAAUGUGACCAUCAACGCCAUGCAGGCGGUGCGAAACUCGAGCUCUCUGGUCGGAUUUGGUCUGACCAUGGAAGGCCAGGAGGGCAAUGAGAUCAUGUACGACCUGCUAUUGGACCAAGCUUGGAGCCCCAAGCCCAUUGACACUGAGACUUACUUCCAUGACUGGGUCUCAGCCCGAUAUGGAACCGAAAAUGUCAAGAGUUUGUACACCGGGUGGGAGCUUCUCCGCCCUACCGUUUUCAACAAUACAAACUUGACAGUCAAUGCUGUCCCCAAGUCGAUACUGGAGCUGACUCCCAAUAUCAACGGUCUCUUGGGCCGCGUUGGCCGUCAUGGCACCACCAUCAACUACGAUCCGGCCGUCAUGGUGGAUGCCUGGACAGAGCUCUUCAAAGCCGGCCUGGAAGAUGUGAAGCUAUUCGGCAACCCAGCGUACCAGUACGAUCUUGUUGACUGGACGCGCCAAGUCCUCGUCAACAGUUUCGAUGGCCUCUACAAGGAUCUUGUUACGGCAUACAAUAGCUCCGCCAACGCCGCUGAGAUUAGAUCUCGCGGAUCCAAGCUCACUGCUCUGUUAAAGACUCUUGACGCUGUUCUCGCAACGAAUGAAAACUUCCAACUCGCCACCUGGAUCGCCGCAGCUCGCGCAAGCAACCCGUCCAACACCAGCUUCCUCGAGUACAACGCUCGCAAUCAAGUCACUCUGUGGGGACCUACUGGGCAGAUUGAAGAUUAUGCGUCCAAGCAGUGGGCUGGACUGGUCGGAGACUAUUACCUCGGACGAUGGCAACAGUUCAUCGACUACCUUGCAACGACAAAGCACUCGAGCUACAACCAGACUGCCUUUUACCAUAAGUUGCAGGCUUGGGAGAUUCAGUGGGGGAAUCAGAUCUCUGGCAAGACUUCCAAGGCUGCGAGUACAGGGGCCAACGAGGUUCAGGCUGUUUUACAGACAACUCUCAAGACCUGGGGUAGUCUUUUUAAGCUUUAG